AUGAGCACUUUGCUCGCGGAGAUACGAGAGCUUGCCUAUGAUGUUGAGAAUGUUGUCGAAACGUUUCUUGUCAAAGCUUCUUCAUCCCCUGGAAAAAUAAUCCAGUGGAUGAAGAAAAGAAAGUUUUCAAGAAAGAUUGAAGAUAUUAAUAGAAAGAUGUGUCUCGUGUUUAAUCAGUUUGAUGAUUGUAAUAUGAAAUCAAAAUCAGAUUCAAGUCAUGGAACACCCGGAAGGCUAAGGCGAUUUCACACUUUCACUACUGUUGAGCCAAAAAUAUUUGUUGGACAUGAGGCAGAUGUUGAUCACUUGGUGGGACUUCUGGUGGAUGAAAGUGAUCGCUGUUAUCCGCUCAUCUCUAUCUGUGGAAUGGGUGGUCUUGAAAUGGCAAACAAAAGAGGUGUUCUUAUACGUUUGAUCCAUGAAAGAAAAGAUGAAAUUCUGAAUAUGGACAAUGACAAGUUAGUGGAAAAUCUACUUCUGAUCCAGCAAAAGCAAAAAUGCUUCAUAGUCCUCGAUGACAUAUGGUCAACUGAUGCCUGGGAUUCUUUAAAAGCGGCAUUCACAGCUGAGCGGUCUGUAAGCAAAUUAAUGCUUACAAGUCGUAAUGUGGAUGUUGCUGAGUACGUAAAUCCAAAAGGACUCAUUCACCAGCCAGAGACUCUAAGCCCAGAUCAAAGUUGGGAGCUACUUCAGUUGAAAGCACUUCCCACAAGAGGAGAAUAUAUAGACGUUGCCAGAGACUAUAAACGUAUGGAAAAAUUAGGAAGAGAAAUGGUUGGAACUUGUGCUGGUCUUCCACUAGCUAUAGUGAUUUUGGGGGGAAUAGGAAUUCUCAUAACAAAACCUUCACUGGCAGAGUGGGAGAGGGUAUACUCUGAUAGUCUAUGGUCGCUAAAGAGAGGGACGGGGUUAGGAGAAAAUCAACAAAAUGAAUUAUUUAACAUAUUAGUUCGUAGUUACAACGAAUUGCCCCCUCAAUUAGAGCCAUGCUUUCUAUAUUUGGGAAAAUUCAGCGAAGAUGAAUCGAUAGAUGCAGAGACUUUGUAUCAGUUAUGGAUUACGGAAGGGAUGGUACUAUCCAGUGACAAAAAGAAAGGAGAAACAAUGAUGCAAGUGGCUGAAUCGUAUAUGGGAGAACUAGUCCAUAAGAGUAUGGUUCAAGUGAGAUUUGAUGAUUCAGAUUCAUCGCUUACAAAGUUCAAAAGUUGUUCUCUUCAUGACCUUAUGAGGGACCUAUCUUUAUCCAAGGCAAAAGAAGAACACUUUUUCAAGACAAUUGAUAUUCGAGAAGAAAAUGAUACUCAUCUCUCUGUGUUUCCUGACACUCGACAACUUGUAGUUUAUUCUGAGGGGAAUUAUAGAAGCAAAAAACCUAAUUCCUACUUUGUCAAGAUACUGAAUCACCAGAAGCAUCGAUCAGUGUUACUUAUGAAUAUGAGUACCAAUAGAAGUAGAUUUUUGCCAGCACACGUGGGGUCGCAUUUUGCCAAUUUUAGGUUGCUAAGAGUUUUGUCUCUGGAAUAUUAUUGGGUUCAUCAACAAACUGCAUCAAGGAUGUUGGAAACGUGA